AUGAAUCCAGAUCUCACCAUCGUCCUGCUGGGGGGUUCAGGAGUGGGAACUGUGUUUGGGAAUAAGAUCUCAGUCGUAGACACUCCAGGAAUAUUAGAGUCAGAAGAGGAGAUCAGGACCUGGUGUCAGAAGUUCCUGCAGACCUGCAGACCUCAUCUGUUCCUGGUGGUGCUCAGAGUCGAUCGGUUCACUGAGGAGGAGGAGAGAGCGUUCGAGGCAGCUGUCAGAGUCCUGGGAGAUCAGGGGUUAAAGAACAGUUUCCUGCUCUUCACAGGUGGAGACUCUUUGAGAACAUCUCUGAAGGAGUAUUUCUCUCAAUUUAAAAGAAGUCCACUGAUAGACUGGGUUAACAGGUUUGGAGGAAGAUUUCAUCUGUUCAACAAUAAAGCCAAAGACCAGCAACAAGUCAGACAACUGCUGGAGAAAUCAGAGGAGCUGAGAGAUACCAACACACCUGUUUCAUCCUCAGCGUGUGGAGUCUCUCUGUCAGACAGCAGCAUGGCAAAGCAGUGUAACGCCUCAUCCAAAUACCAGGACAUCAUCUCCAACAGUACUCUGAUCUCUAAACCUCUGACCUCUCCUGCUGUCUACCAGCUGAGACCAAAGGAAGAGAAGUUUGGGACUCUGACAAGAAAAACUGUUGGAGAGAAAAACCUGAACAAGACAAACAGAACCAUCUUACUUGUAGGUGAAACAGGAACAGGAAAAUCUACUCUGAUCAACACUCUGGUCAACUACACCAUGGGAGUGAAGUUUGAGGACAACAUCUGGUUUGAGAUCGUAGAAGAAGAAGAGAAGAACAUAGAUCAGUGUGAGAGUCAGACAUCAGAUGUGAUCGUGUACGAGAUCUUUGGUUAUGAAGAUGAAACUCCGCCCUACUCUCUGACCAUCAUCGAUACUCCUGGAUUCGGAGACACCAGAGGGAUCAAAUGUGAUGCCAUCGUUAGUCAAAGAUUAUUUGACUUGUUCCGCUCAGACGAUGGAGUUCAUGAACUUUCUGCAGUGGGUCUGGUGCUGAAGGCGAGUGAGAAUCGAGUGAGUGAUCGACUGAGGUACAUCUUUGAUUCAGUGAUGUCUCUGUUUGGAAAAGACAUUGAGGAGAACAUCAUCGCUCUCAUCACACACUCAGAUGGGUUACCACCUAAAAAUGCUCUGAAAGCUCUUGAAGCUGCAAACAUUAAAUGUGCCAAAGAUGAAGAGAAUGAAACUGUUCACUUCCUGUUUGAUAACCGCCAGAAUGAACAGAGAACAGAGUCAGGUAAACUUGCUUUAAAGAGUGCAUGGAAGCUAACAGAAGCAAGGAUGAAAUGUUUCACAGACUUCUUGAAAGAAUCUAAACCUCAGAAGCUGAAUGAAACAGUUGAAGUGUUGAACUCACGGAUCAGACUGACAGCCUGCAUCCAAAACCUGCAAGAAAGAAUCGAGCUGACUGAACUGAAACAGAGAGAGAUCCAACUGACUGAAGAAGAUCUGAAGAAACAUGAAGAAGAGAUGAAGAAGAAUGAAGAGUUCACUGUAGAAGUUGAUGAAGUCUACAAAGAGAAAGAGGAUAUCAAAGGUGGGAGGAGGAAGUUGAUAUUUUAUGAAGGAGCUGUCACCUGUAACAUCUGUGAAGAGAACUGUCACUAUCCUGGAUGCACAAAGGUUCAGAGUCCCAAAGACUGUGAGGUCAUGAAAAAAGGUCGCUGCACAGUUUGUACCAAGAAGUGCCCUGCAUCAGAUCAUGUGAAAGAGGAAUGGAGAUAUGUGACCAAGACCAGGAAAGUUAAGAAGAUCCCAGAAGAUGUGAAAGAGGAGUAUGAAGAGAGUAAAGUAGAAAAUGAGAAGAAGAAGAGCCUGAUGGAAAAUCUUGAAACUGAGAUGAAAGAACUGAAAACAGAGAAGACAAAGUUGCUGGAUGAGGUCUACCAACAUGUUGUUAUUCUGGAGAAGAUCGCUCUGAAUGAUAAUUCACUGUCGACUCAUGUCCACUUGGACUUCCUGAUUGAGAAGAUGAAGGAGAGAGGAGACACAGAGAAGGUGAAGAAGCUGGAGGAGAUGAAGAGUCGACAGGAUGAAGGAACCAGAGCAGGGCUGCAGUACAUGAUUGAUACCAACACACCUGUUUCAUCCUCAGCGUGUGGAGCCUCUCUGUCAGACAGCAGCAUGGCACAGUGUAACGCCUCAUCCAAAUACCAGGACAUCAUCUCCAACAGUACUCUGAUCUCUAAACCUCUGACCUCUCCUGCUGUCUACCAGCUGAGACCAAAGGAAGAGAAGUUUGGGACUCUGACAAGAAAAACUGUUGGAGAGAAAAACCUGAACAAGACAAACAGAACCAUCUUACUUGUAGGUGAAACAGGAACAGGAAAAUCUGCUCUGAUCAACGCUCUGGUCAACUACACCAUGGGAGUGAAGUUUAAGGACGACAUCUGGUUUGAGAUCGUAGAAGAUGAGAAGAGAAGUCAGUCAGAAAGUCAGACACCAGAUGUGAUCACGUACGAGAUCUUUGGUUAUGAAGAUGAAACUCUGCCCUACUCUCUGACCAUCAUCGAUACUCCUGGAUAUGGAGAUACCAGAGGGAACGAACGUGAUGACAUCGUUAGUCAAAGAUUAUUGGACUUGUUCCACUCAGACGAUGGAGUUCAUGAACUUUCUGCAGUGGGUCUGGUGCUGAAGGCGAGUGAGAAUCGAGUGAGUGAUCGACUGAAGUACAUCUUUGAUUCAGUGAUGUCUCUGUUUGGAAAAGACAUUGAGAAGAACAUCAUCGCUCUCAUCACACACUCAGAUGGAGGAACACCUGAAAAUGUUCUAAAAGCUCUUGAAGCUGCAAACAUUAAAUGUGCCAAAGAUGAAGAGAAUGAAACUGUUCACUUCCUGUUUGAUAACUGCCAGAAUGAACAGAGAAAUGAAAUGAAAUGUUUCACAGACUUCUUGAAAGAAUCUAAACCUCAGAAGCUGAAUGAAACAGUUGAAGUGUUGAACACACGGAUCAGACUGACAGCCUGCAUCCAAAACCUGAAAGAAAGAAUCCAGCUGAUUGAACUGAAACAGAGAGAGAUCCAACUGACUGAAAAAGAUCUGAAAAAAUAUCAAGAAGAGAUGAAGAAGAAUGAAGAGUUCACUGUAGAAGUUGAAGAGGUCAACAAAGAGAAAGAGGAUAUCAAAGGUGGGAUGUGGGGGUUGUUUUAUGAAGGAGCUGUCACCUGUAACAAAUGUAAAGAGAACUGUCACUAUCCAUGCACAAAGGUCUGGAAACCUGAAAACUGUGAGGUCAUGAAAAAAGGUCGCUGCACAGUUUGUACCAAGAAGUGCCCUGCAUCAGAUCAUGUGAAAGAGGAAUGGAGAUAUGUGACCAAGACCAGGAAAGUUAAGAAGAUCCCAGAAGAUGUGAAAGAGGAGUAUGAAGAGAGUAAAGUAGAAAAUGAGAAGAAGAAGAGCCUGAUGGAAAAUGUUGACACAGUGAUGGAAGAACUGACAGCAGAGAAGAUAAAGUUGCUGGAUGAGGUCUACCAACAUGUUGUUAAUCUGGAGCAGAUCGCCAUGAAUGAUAAUUCACUGUCCACUCAUGUCCACUUGGACUUCCUGAUUGAGAAGAUGAAGGAGAGAGGAGACACAGAGAAGGUGAAGAAGCUGGAGGAGAUGAAGAGUCGACAGGAUGAAGGAACCAGAGCAGGGCUGCAGUACAUGAUUGGUAAAAAUAAAUUAAAGUAG